AUGACUACUCCAAAACCCCCCUCCAAGGUUUUCCCCGUAACAACGUUCAUCUCCGAUCUACCAACAGUUCUCAUCCCACAACCACACCAAUCGUCUUCUUCUGCCGAGGACAAUGUCUCUGCCGCGAAACGCCUUGUAAUCAUAGGAGACGUGCACGGAAUGCGCCAGUCUCUCAACGCACUCCUCACCAAGCUCAACUUCACCAAGGAGAACGGGGAUCAUCUCAUCCUUACCGGUGACCUCAUCAACAAAGGCCCCGAUAGUGCUGGCGUCCUCGACCUGGCGAUGAAGCUUGGCGCGAGCGCCGUAAGGGGGAAUCAUGAUAACGCGGUUCUGAAUGCGGAUGCGGAGAUUCGAGCGAAGCAUGCCGCAUCUCCAACUGGGCCUGUGCCAGCGUCUGCGUCUGCGUCCGAUAUCGAUACCGAUUCUGAAGUCAAUGCGGGAAAGGAUAUCCAACUACCCGAAGUUGGUGCACCCGCGACGAAGUAUAGUACUGCAUUGGCGCUUUCGAGGGAGCAGAUUGAGUGGCUUGCUGCGCUGCCGUUGAUUCUUCGGGUGAGGAUACCAGAGGGGGUAUCGAGUCCGCUGGGUGAGAACCUGGUCGUUGUACAUGCGGGCCUUGUCCCUCGCAUUCCACUCGAAGAGCAGGAUGCACAUGCUGUCAUGCACAUGCGAAGCCUUACCAGUACAUCAGACGACGAUAACAACACACCUAGACUUACACCAGGCGAAAAGCACACAGACGAACCCUGGAUAGCCGAAUGGGACCGCUGGCAGGAGAAAUCUCCGUCAAAGACAACCGUCGUAUUCGGGCACGAUGCGAAGCGGCGUUUACAGCUGGGGAAAUAUGCCAUCGGUCUUGAUUCGGGGUGUUUGUAUGGUGGGCAGUUGAGUGCGCUUGUGAUUGAGGUUUCUGCGGAUGGGACGACGUUGGAGCAUAGUAUUGUACAGGUUGAUUGCGUGGAUGAACCGGUGGCGCCCAAGGGGGAGCCUAAAGAAGAGAAGGAAGAGAAGAAGACGGAGUAG